GGUUACCUUACUGUUUUGGGUGAUGGUUGUUUAGUAGUUGCGUUAGUUGAAAUUAAGUAAGUCGUUAAAAUUUCCAAAAAUGUGCGAGCAAAUAGUUACAGUUACCGAACUUAUUGGAUUAAAAUCAAUUCCUGUCCCGAUUCACAUGGGAACAACUGUGGAAGAAGUUUUAAUAGUAAUUUGCCGCGAAUUAAAAAUAAGCCCCAUUGCAAGACAUUUAUUUGGCCUGCGUUAUAAUUCUAGUCAGUGGAUUUCAUUAAGCACUAAAUUAUGGGGCUUUCGUGUCAGUUCUUUUGAAUUGAGAAUUAGGUACAAGUUUCCUGAUUUAUCAAAAGUGCUCGCAUUAGAUAAACCCACGUUUAACUAUUAUUUCUUCCAAGUUAGGAAUGAUUUAAUAUCGUAUAAGAUUAAUGAAGUAAACUAUGAAAAACACAAAGAUAGCCUUCUGGGGUUGAGUGUUGUUGACAUGUAUAGAGUGAUGCUCGAGUCGGGUAAAACAAAAGAAGUAAUGUUGAAUGAUUACAAAAAGUACAUUCCCAAGGAGUUAAUUAACUAUCAUAAAUUUUUUUUGAAGAAACCAAUCAAAGAUAAAUUAGCUAAACUUGAGCAAUCUGAAAAAAGGGACUUAUCUGUUAUCAAGCAAAUGUAUUUACAGCAGUUUGAAGAUAUGGUCCCCAAUUAUAUGAUAGAAAGUUAUAAGGCGAAAAUGGAUGAAGGUGGUAUUGAAAAAGACGUUACUGUUAUGAUUCACCCUUUUCACAAACAGUUACCUGGAGUUCAGUUUCAAUAUACGGGCAAAGAUGAGUGGAACCAUUUAUGUUCAUUUGAAGACUUAUGCUGCAUAUCUCUACACCCUGAUGGCAAAGCAGAAAUAUCUCGAAAGACGGGCAUACCAAUAUAUAUUAGAAUGAAUAAUAAUUCUUUGGUGUCAUUUAUUACUCUUUUGGAUGGUUAUUACAGAUUAUCUGUGAAAUGGACUUUCAAUUUAUGUAAAGAUUUCAUUACUCCUACUCUCCAUCUUUUGCAAAACAUGAAGUGCCAUGGUCCAGUUGGACAAAGUUUUGCUUUCAAGAAAUUGGAAGAAAAGCGCAAGAGUAAAAUGGGAUGUUUUAUUUUAAGACAAUGUGAACUUAAUUAUGAUAAUUUCUUUAUAGACGUAUGUCACCAAAGUAGGAAAAAGGUAUCUUACAAAAUUGAGUUAAGGGGUGAAGGACAUUUUUGGUUCAGUGGUAAUGAAGAAAGUUAUUCCUCCAUACCCGAAUUAAUAUCAAAGUUUCGUACUGGUUCCGGUAAAAUACCUAUGGUCGAGUGCAUCCCUCCUUCUGAAUACGAUGUAUCUCACCUAUUACUUUGUCGGAUUGAAGAUAUUAUUACAAAAGAUGGCAAAGAUAUUAUUUCAAGUGAUCAGCUGAUACCUCAAAUAAUUAACAUAAAGCAUCUUCAUCUUUAUCCAGAUAAAGUGCUGGAUGGUCAAUGGGGUCUUACUCAAAUGCGGAAAUAUGUUUGGAAAACAAAGCAUUUUAAAUUAGAUGUUGCUGUUAAAUCUUUGAAGCCAUCUCUUCAAGAGCAAUAUUUACAAGAUUUCUUGGAUUUGAUUGGAAGAUGGGCUACUCUUCGUUCCAGUGCAGUUGUGAGAUUACUUGGUGUUACUCUCGGAAGAGAUGUUUCCAUGGUUACAGAAUUUUAUUCUUUGGGACCAUUAGAUUUCUAUUUACAAAAACAUAAAAAUGAUCUUGAAGAAGUUGAUCUCGUCGAAGCUGCAACUUACAUUGCCAGUGCGUUAUGGCAUAUGGAAGGUGAAGGUAUAGUGCAUGGUUAUUUGAGGUGUCACAAAAUUCUUGUUACGGCUCAUACUGAAAAUACUUUUUCUGUGAAAGUGGCUGACCCUGGAAUUCAUAAUACUUUUUCAGAACAUGAUUGGCAUUGGAUACCUCCAGAAUUAUAUGAUAAUCCAAGGGAAGUUUUAAAAAAUACUUCGGCUGAUGUAUGGGCUUUUGGCACCACGCUAUGGCAGUUAUUCUCGUAUGGACUGCAACCUUCAGUUCCUUCUAGUAUUAAAGCUUUCUAUAAAAGUGGAAAUAGACUUCCAAAACCCAUUAGAUGUUCUAGAGAACUAUUUACUAUUAUUAAUGAGUGCUGGAAUAUUGAUCCUGACCAAAGGAAAAAACCUCAGGCAGCUAUGCGAGAUAUAAACCAACUAUUAUAUCAAGUUCAUAAUGCAAGGAGGUCACAUUCAUAUACAGCUGCACGUCCUCCUACUGUUAGCGUCGACUCUGUUGAAACUCUAAAUGAAAUUAGUAGUAUGGCAUUAGAUUAUAAUUCUGGAAUUAUGUCUGCACGGACAACUGUAUCUUUUGUUGAUGACACACAAUUUGAUCUGAGUUCUCUUCCUAGUGACUCUCCCUUAAAGCCACUGUUGCCUAAGGUCAAGAGGUUUAUGGAUUGCGAGGGUUUUUCACCUAACUUUUCAAAUAUUUGUAAUUUGGGUCUAACAACGGAUUCUUCAUCUAUAGGUAGUAGUACUUCUUCCGUACAAAGUAAUAUGUUGAAUGAAUACCAUAUUGUAAUUCAGGGAACUAUUGGUAAGGGAUUUUAUGGUGAAGUGUAUAAAGGCUUCAUCGAAUAUCCUGAUACCUCUGAAGUACAAUAUGUUGCUGUAAAGAAAUUAAUCACUGAUAGUUCAACAUAUAUAGCUGAUUUUGAAAGAGAAAUUUCUAUUAUGAAGAGCCUGAAACAUCGUAACAUUGUUGAGAUGAUAACAGCUACUCAGCACCCGGAAGUAAGGCUUAUAAUGGAGUAUGUUCCACAUGGUUCGCUUAAGUGUUACUUAAUUACUAACAAAUCACAACUUAGAAUCAAAGAUCAUCUACUGAGAUAUGCAUUAGACGUAGCUGAGGGAAUGGCAUAUUUAGGGCAAAAGAAAAUUGUUCAUCGAGACUUGGCUGCAAGAAAUGUUCUUGUAGCAAAUGAGUUCCAUGUAAAAAUAUCUGAUUUUGGGUUGGCCCAGAAAAUGGAGCCUAGUAAUUAUUAUAUGUUGAAAACUCCUCGAGAAUUGCCUGUAGGCUGGUAUGCUCCAGAAUCCUUAAGGGAUGGAAAAUUUUCUAAUCUGUCUGAUGUUUGGUCAUAUGGCGUUUUGUUGUAUGAAAUGUUUUCUUUUGGAGGUGAUCCUAAUAUACUGACUGAAGGGUCAGAUCCAAAGCUGCUUCUUCAGGUUUUGGAAUCAGGAGCUCGAUUGGGUUGUCCUGAAAGAUGUACCUGUGAAAUAUAUAACGGGCUUAUGAGACCUUGCUGGACAUUAGAAGCUAAAAAACGUCCUUCAUUUUUAGAUAUUAUGAAUAUUAUUAAUCAGUUGUCAGCUAAUCUCUAAUCAACUUGCUGGCUCACCUUCCUAAUUGUUGUAACUUGAUUCUUACUCACAUUUUGGUGAAUAUAAGACUGAAAAUAAACAUUAUAGAAAGAAAUUGGCUGAUUAUUAAACACUCAAUAGGAAAACAAAAUGUGAUGUAAAGUUUUUAGUUAAUGACAACCAGUAUUAUUUUUAGAUGCCAGUCACAUCUUUUAGAUAAAUAAGAUCAAGUUAUCAUUGUUUUCAUUUUGUAUUAAAGUUUUAAAUUCCAUCAAAUCACUUAAAGUUA